AUGAACUCAUUCACGAAACUAGCAUAUUCACGGCAUUUACUCACCUCCUUCCUCACCACAUUUUCUUCAAUUUAUUUCUGUUUUACAGCAUCGGAAAUACCAUCUCACACUUCUGAGACAAUCGCAGUCGAUACAGUAUUCGCCUCACAACACACGGUAUAUGGACAGUAUGAACCUGCGUACUUGCAGACAAAUAUGAUCGGAAGCAAUACAAACACGAAUACGUUUCGUGUAAUUCAAGAACAGACUACAGCCAUGGCUUUCGAAUGGAAACCAAUGACGCACGAAAACUUUGAUUAUGUUUUGUUGGUUCAAGUCUUAGAUGAUUGGUGCGAUGUAGCGGUCAGAUUUUACGAAGGCGAUAUUGGUUUAUUAGAAUCUCUUGGCCUACCAUGUGAAGAUACAAGCCAUACUGCAGAAGGCUACACCACAAACGCCAUUUCUUCUAAUUUCCAGACGUAUCACUUGACGCACAAACGAAUUCCAAGAAUCCAGAAAGUUCGAAUACAGUAUAUGCAAGAUAUGUAUCCAGUUCUGAAGUGGGAAAAGGAACAAUCGGUCUGUGAGACGACUGAUGUGACCAUUAUAUUCAGAGGAUAUUCCACACAACAACUACAGAUGUAUGUCAUCUCGGGCGACCAAGUUGAGCAUUAUAUGAACGACUUCCAAACAGAAGAAGGAAUGGAAGAAGUUUUCAUUCUGUUCAACAGACAUGGGAACCGCUUCUCUCUACCAACGAUGGGUAACAUUUUUUUAUGUUUCUCAUGUAUUGCAAGGUUUUUUUAG